CACUGGCCCACUGCUUAGGGCUGGCGUGGAGCUGGGGCUGCCUGAGCCAUGAACAGCGUCAGGGGUGCCAUCCUCUUCUGGGCAGCGGCAGCAUGGGCUAAAAUGGAGCAGCCUCUGGAAAAGAGAGAUGAGGCUGGAUUUCAAAACUGCAAGGAUGCCUUAAAACUACCUGUUCUGGAAGUCUUACCUGGAGGGGGCUGGGAUAAUCUGCGGAAUGUGGACAUGGGACGGGUGAUGGACUUGACUUAUACCAACUGCAGGACCACAGAGGACGGACAGUACAUCAUCCCCGAUGAAAUAUUCACCAUUCCCCAGAAACAGAGCAACCUGGAGAUGAACUCAGAAAUCCUGGAUUCCUGGGUGAAUUACCAGAGCAGCACCUCCUACUCCAUCAACCUGGAACUCUCCCUUUUUUCCAAAGUCAAUGGCAAGUUCUCCUCUGAAUUCCAGAGGAUGAAGACCCUUCAGGUGAAGGACCAUGCUAUAACUACCCGGGUUCAGGUAAGAAACCUGCUAUACACAGUUAAAAUCAACCCAGCUUCAGAACUAAGCAGGGUGUUUAAGAAGGAGCUCAUAGACAUCUGUGACCGUCUGGAGAACAACCAGACACGGAUGGCCACCUAUUUGGCAGAACUCCUGGUUCUCAAUUAUGGCACCCAUGUCAUCAUCAGUGUGGACGCUGGGGCUGCUCUCAUUCAGGAGGACCACAUCAGAACCUCCUUCCUGCAGGAUAGCCAGAGCAGCCGUAGUGCAAUAACUGCAUCUGCUGGAGCUGCCUUCCUAAACAUUGUGAACUCCAAAUUUGAGGAGAAUUACACGUCACAGAAUACCUUCACCAAGAGCUACAUCUCAAACCGAAGCAACUCCAGAGUGCAAAGCAUUGGAGGGGUUCCUUUUUACCCAGGCAUCACCCUCCAGGCCUGGCAACAGGGCAUCACCAACCACCUGGUGGCCGUAGACCGUGCUGGACUGCCUCUAUACUUCUUCAUCAACCCCGACACGCUGCCUGAUUUGCCGGGGCCCUUGGUGAAGAAGUUGUCUAAGACGGUGGAAGCUGCUGUGAGACGUUAUUACAUGUUCAACACCUACCCUGGAUGCACAGAUCUCGAUUCACCCAACUUCAAUUUUCAGGCCAACACUGACGAUGGCUCUUGCGAGGGGAAAAUGACCAAUUUCUCCUUUGGUGGAGUUUAUCAGGAAUGCACCCAGUUCUCAGGAAAUGAUGUUGUCCAACUCUGCCAAAACUUGGAGGAGAAGAACCCACUCACUGGCGACUUCUCCUGCCCUUCUGGCUACUCCCCAAUCCACCUGCUGUCCCAGAUCCAUGAGGAGGGUUACAACCACCUGGAGUGUCAACGGAAGUGCACCCUCCUCAUCUUCUGCAAGACGGUGUGUGAAGAUGUGUUCCGGGUGGCAAAGGCCGAAUUUAGGGCUUUUUGGUGUGCGGCCACUGGCCAAGUACCAGAAAACUCAGGACUACUUUUCGGGGGCCUCUUCAGUGGUAAGAGCAUAAACCCUUUGACAAAUGCACAGUCAUGCCCAGCUGGCUAUAUUCCAUUGAGACUUUUUGAAAACCUCAAGGUAUGUGCCUCUCAGGACUUUGAGUUGGGAUAUAGGUUUUCGGUCCCCUUUGGUGGGUUCUUUAGCUGUGCAGUCGGGAACCCCUUGGUGGAUUCUGCCAUAUCCAGAGAUAUAGGGGCACCUUCUCUAAAAAAGUGUCCCGGGGGCUUCAGCCAACACCUAGCCGUCAUCAGUGAUGGGUGCCAAGUGUCCUACUGUGUCAAGGCUGGGCUUUUUACAGGAGGGUCACUACCCCCCGUCAGGCUCCCACCUUACAGUCGGCCACCCCUCAUGAGUCAGGCUGCCACCAACACAGUCAUAGUGACUAAUAUUGAGACUGCAAGUUCCUGGAUUAAAGAUUCCCAGACCCAGCAGUGGAGGCUGGGAGAGCCCUUAGAGUUGCGCAGGGCCAUGAAGGUCAUCCACGGGAAUGAUAGUGGUCUGUCAGGAGGAGCAGCAGCUGGGAUCACAGUGGGGGUCACCGCCGCCCUGGCAGCUGUCAUCACUCUGGCCAUCUACGGCACCCGCAAGUACAAGAAGAGGGAAUACCAGGCAUUAGAGGAGGAGAGGCAGAGUUUGGCUCCAGGCACUGCAGAGACUAGAGACAUGCCUGACCAAGAGCAGGAGCAGAGUCCAGCCUGAAUCUCUCCCAAGAAACUAUUUCUCAUCUCCGGCCAGAGCUUCAAGGAUGACUUUCAUUCUUCUCUCUCUACUUCUGCCAUCCUAACUACUGAAGUGGCAAGCGCAACAAAAAGCGGGUAUAAUUUUGUGACUUCCUCAGGUCUCUGGGCCAGGAAAUUAACAGAGGUACAUGGACAAAUUUGAGGUUGGGGUUGGGGAACAGCUGUGACUUUCUAAGCAAAAGUCAUCGCAGGGACUAAAGCAGGAAGGGGGGUGUCUUUUCUCUGUGUGUGUCAUGAAUUAUCUUCAUCUGAAUCUAUAUGUGUAAAAAGAGAGGUGGGAGAAUGUUGACAUUGGAUUCUGACACUACACAUUUAGUCUGAGGUCAGCCGUGGUUUUCAAUUCAUGAGCUGCAAGAAUUUCUGCCUUUAUAUGCUACCUUUCCACUGUUUCGUUUUUUACAAAGCUGUCUGAAUUUCAUGUUCAUGGAGGCUGACUGGAUGCCCAGAAGACACAGGAAGUCCUGCUUGGCCACUGCUUUUCAGCUUUGAGGGUUCCGUAUUAACGGACUGUGGCCUCUCCUCUGGGUCAUCUCAACAUCAUCUGAACAGAAAGAUGUUGCUUGUACCAAGCCCACUUUUUCCAACUUCCCCAUGGUCAGGACUGACUUAGAGCAGGCCCCUCUUGGACUUCAGGCUAGUGUCAUAAAGUUCUCAGAAAAUAUUUUAACUUAUAAAUUUUCAUUAGGAGGUCAAUGGGGUGGGAAUUGUUUAGAGACAGAGUGAAUGAAGAAAGGGUAAAACCUGGAAAAGAUUCUGGUGCUAAGCGGAAAUUGGAAUUCUUACCCACAACCAACUACCUGGUUUCUUCCUCUUAACUCAUCAUAAUUGGGGCAAAGAAAGGAGCCAUAGAUUUGGAUAGAUCAAGCAUUACAGUUUCCUGUCUGUGUUAGCAAAGUACAACCCCUUUGUAGUCCAUGAGUGGCCCUUACUCUUCCUGUCCUCCCAUCACAUGCACACAACCCCCUCAAACACAUACACACACACACACACACACCUCCCACAUUCUAAUGGGAAGUCUGCAAUUUCCUGGGUGUGGGAGACAAGGAAAAAUGCAAGAAGUCAAAGUAAGCCCACCCCUAACUAUCACUUCUUCCUUAAAAGUAAAACAGAGUAGAAAGCACCAAUUAUGUACCCCACCUUUACUUUUCCCACCAGAAAGGGGGCUGACUUGAUCAGAUCCAUGUUUUUAUACGAAAUGAAAAAGGCAUCCAACACCAUUUGUGACACAUUUAUUUCAGUUCCAGGGUGACUUCCCGGGGGCACCUGGUGGGAUGCAUGAUUGUCACAUAACAUUUGGGGCUUUGCCCAAUUUUAAUACUGAUCUCACCUAACCGUAAUUAUUGGGGUGAAUCUAUUAAUGUCCCUCCACAACAUUUCUUAACCAAUCAAAUGUCAUAAGCGAGUUAUCUUCUAUGAAGGAUAAUUUGUCCUCUCCUGGUUAACAUUCACAAUCAAGAGUUUAGGCUUACAAUAGGUCCUCCUGAGAAGCUUGAAGCAUCCCAGCCUGUGGGAAGAUGGGAGGAUAUGCAUCCAUCUCCCACUGCGGUAUGGAGAAGAGAAGUGAAUCACAGAAUUUGAGCCCUGCUCUCCCAGCUAUUCAGCCAGUGACACUGAUUUCUACAACCUCUUCACUUAACCCUGUCUCUGAAGCAUUAAAAUGUUCCCCUAAACCUCUGGGUGUUUUGUGGGUAGGUUUCAGCAAAGCUAACCACUUUUCUGCAAAUACUAACUUUCCCAUGAAUUCUUUGAAGAUUACUGAGUCAGAGAGAUGGAGUAUAGUCUAUAGGCUCCUACGCUUUUCAUGCAGUAACUGCCCAUUGCAAUAAAAAGCUCUUCACAAACUUGUAUUUCUGAUAACAAAAUUUCACAUAAAUAUGCAUUAAAAUAUGUAUUU